AAAAAAAAAAGAUUGCACCCACCACUCGCUUGAGGGAAUCGAAGAAACAAGGAAUAACAGCGAACAAAAUCCAAAAAAAAAUUAAAUAAAGAAGAAAAACAAAUGGCGGAUCAGCUAACCGAUGACCAGAUCUCCGAGUUCAAGGAAGCCUUCAGCCUAUUUGAUAAGGACGGAGAUGGCUGCAUCACCACAAAGGAGCUCGGGACUGUGAUGAGAUCACUUGGGCAAAACCCGACAGAAGCUGAGCUCCAAGACAUGAUCAACGAGGUUGACGCAGACGGGAAUGGAACCAUUGAUUUCCCGGAGUUUCUGAAUCUAAUGGCCCGCAAGAUGAAAGACACUGAUUCAGAGGAAGAACUUAAAGAAGCCUUCAGGGUUUUUGACAAGGACCAGAACGGUUUCAUCUCGGCGGCUGAGCUCCGCCACGUUAUGACAAAUCUUGGGGAGAAGCUGACUGACGAAGAAGUGGAUGAGAUGAUCCGUGAGGCUGACGUGGAUGGUGAUGGUCAGAUCAACUAUGAUGAGUUUGUCAAAGUUAUGAUGGCAAAGUGACAUUCUUCGGAAUCCCAAAUCUGUUUUUUUCCUUUUCAUCUUUAACUGGAAAAGUACAGAGUUUUUGAUCCUUCUAUCAUUGCUUAUGUUAUGUUCGUGAAGUUGAACUAAUAAUUUACUCUAGUUUCUUGACAGUUUGAAAUCAUUCACUCAUUAUCAUAGUCUUUCGUUCUUGUCUAUAGUUUGCCUUUUCUUGAGAUGGACAAAUUUAGGAAAAUGUUAUUGUGUGGGAACAUAUUUAUAAGAACUUGCG